AGCGGAUUCCAUCUCGCGUGCACUCAUCUGUUCUUGUUUCUUUGAAAGCAGUCGUUUGUCGUGGUCUAGUCGCGCUGCUAUAGUAUCAUACCGAUAUCCUUAUUACUUUGCCGUCGUGGCGCCAUCAAGGUGGAAAUAAGGAUCCCUAAGAGUAAAUUCUUCGCUAUUGGUGCCAGGAUUAGGGUUUGCACGGUAACCUUGUUGAGACGCUGUAGAACGCCCGUAGACCUUCGUCCGUAUCGGUUCUGUGCGGUUCUGCGCGAUCCUGGGCGAAACUGUCUGUUUCUCGUUUUGGAGCCUCGCCUCGCGACGGCUCCGAUAUGAGAAAACCCGCAUUAUGAUUCAUGGCAAGGUUAGCGAGCCACGCUUCAGAGAAAGCGGAAGGUCGUUCCGGAAGGACUGCUGGAUCGCCAUGCGGUGCGGAGGAGGACGGCGAGGCCGGCGGGGAACUUCUUAAACCGGCGGAGAUUCCGAAAGAAGCGGAUGUCAGCAACAGCAACCAAUCGGAUAGCUCGAGACGAACGGACCUUGUCGAGCAGGCGGACGAGCAGUCCGAGGCUUUGAAGCGGGCAUCCGCGUUAGGAGGAGAAAGCCGUCGCCUUGACGGUUCUGGUGACGCGACGAAGCAGGAUUCGGGGAAGGGAGACGAACGGCCGAAGGAAUCUGCGAAGAAGAAGCGGCCGUCCAACAAGACAGCGAAGCUCAAGCAGAGCAAGUUGGAUGCUCGAAGGGAGCAAUUUCUCGCGCAGGUUGCUGCUGCUGCCGUUGCCAAGACUGCAUCCCCGAAAGCUCAAGGUGCCAAGCAAACUCCCAAGGGCUCCCUUGACGGGAGCCACACUGACAAAAAAGGUGCCCGUGUGACAGUAGAGGGAUCUGGUGUGAUUAUAGAGGACACCCGUUCCGAUUCUCGAGAUUCGCUAUUCCUCCCCAGUGGCACUGCGCCUGAGAGUGACAGAGCAGAGCGUGACAGAAGCGAGAGCGCCGCUGCGGCUGAGGCUGCCAGUUUGAAACCCGGGGCUGGAGUUUCAGGGCCAGCAGGGGAGACAGGGAGAGCGAAGGACACAGAGCAUGGCCAAACGGUUAGUGAGCACAUACCCAGUGGUACUGCAGAAAGUAGCGUUCCGCUUGCCAAUGGGAACUUGGGAAUUGAGGCUCAAAGAGAGGCGGAAAGGAAGGAAGACGGAGGGGAGGGAGGGAACGCAGGAGGGGCUGGGGAGGACGAUGAGAAGCAGUGGUGGGAGGACUCGGAUGAUGAUGCGGGUGAUGCAGGGGAGGUUGAGGAGGGGAAGGUUGAUACGAGGGAGGGCGCUACUGCAACAAGUGAUAGCGAUAGAGAGGCAGCAGGGAAGUUGAUACAGGGAGAGAAGUCAAAAGAGGGCGAGAAGUCAAAAGAGGGCGAGAAGUCGAGAGCGGGUGAGGAGACACGGCGAAAGGAGGAGGAGACACGGCGAAAGGAGGAGGAGAAAGAGGCUGGUGAGAAGUCAGGGCAGACCUUAUAUGAGGGACGAGGGGGUGGCGGAGAAAUUCCUCUUACGGGCAAGGGAGUUGCGGAAGCAGCAGCGACGGGGGCUCUGACGAAGGGAGAUGAGGCCGGGGAGGCUGUUACUGGCUCCCUCACACACAGGAGUAGCAUCAGCAGCAGUAAUAAGCCGGCUGCUGGGGGUGAAGCGGAAUCAGCAGCGGUGGUCGAUGGUUCGCCGGCUGGUAGUGGGACGGCUGGUAGUGCGACGGCUGGUAGUGGGUCUGCUGCUGCUGGGGUGAAGGUGGGUGGGAAGAAGGGGAAGAAGGGGAGGGAGGGGAGGGAGGGGAGGGAGGGGAAGGAGGCAGGGGAGGUGCAUGAGAGAAACGCAGGAGCGAGGCAGAGAAGGAAGGAGCCUGGGCGGGGCCGAGUAGAGGGGGAUUUUGGAGCUGGGAGCCGUGAGGUGCCUGGUAACGGCAGUACCAGCAGCAGCUGUGAUGCUGCGAGAAAUUGUGAGUGCGGCAGCAAGGGCAACGGCAAAGGCAUUGGCAGGGGGGGUGGAGGGAGCAAGGAGGGGGAGGAGCGGCAGUUGGAAGAGGGGAAAGGGAAGGAGGAGAGGGAGAAGAGCGAGGAGAGGGAGAAGAGCGAGAAGAGUGAGAAGAGCGAGAAGAGUGAGAGGAAUGCGAGGCGGAAAAGGAACGGAGUGGUCAAUGGAACACGGGGGAUUGGUGGCUGUGACAUUGUCUCUGGGAAGGUUGUUGAGCUCUAUGUGAAAGGGAGGGAGAAGAAGGGCGAGAGUGGGGAGGGGAAGGAAAAAAAUAUAUGUGAGAGUGGUGAGGGGAAAGACGAGAUGGGAUGCGAAGAAGGUGGAAAGGGUGGGGAGAAUGGUGAGAGCCGAGACCUGCUGAUAAUGCUGAAAGAGGGAGCAGCAGGGGCGGACUGCCGCAUGAACGGGUGGCAUGCACAUGGGGAGGGGAACGAGGGCGGUCUGGACAGUAACGGGGAGGACAAUAAGGAGGAUGAGAAUGAUCAGAAGCAGCAGCAGGGUGAGGAGGAGAGUGGUGAUGAGGAGGACGAUUGGGAAGCUGCAGCUGAUGCCAUUUGCCAGGAGGUGAAAGAGGAGCAUAUUGUGGACGGGGGAGGGGAGGGGUUGGACGGAGGGCAGGGAGGGGAGGGGGAGAAGGGUGUUGCAGCGACACACCUGUAUGGCUCACGUAUACCUAGAGACCCGAGUUCUGCUGUUACUCUUAGCAGUGCCAACUGCACCAGCAGUAGCGGCUACGGCGGUCGCAACGGUUGGGGGAGUUACGGUGGCCAGGGGGGUUUGCAUUGGGAGGGGGGGUUGAGACCUGGGGUCAGGAUGAGCGGGCAAAUAGCGGAUCGGCAAAUGAUGGCUGGACCAAUGAUGAAUGGACCAAUGGUGAACGGACCAAUGAUGAACGGCCACCACGCGUCCCAUGCAAGACUCACCUUUCAUUCGGACUCCCCUGGGUCGUCUUACUUCCCUCCUCGUGGCACGGCCCCUCCAUUCACCUCCUCCUCCUCCUCCUCCUCUUUCUCCUCUUCUUCCUCCGCCCGUGUCUCCGAUUCCCAAGUCACCCCUCUCUCGUCUUCCUCCUUCCCUUCCUCCUCCACUGCCAGUCUCAGACCAAACAGCUCUCUCCCCUCCCCCCCUUCCUCCUCCGCCUCCUCUUCCGCCUCUGCCUUCUCACUCACCCUGGGAGGUUCCCAGAGCAUUGAUUUCUGCAAUGGGGCCAAGAUAAGCGGCGGGGGCUUGAGGCCCGAGUACACCUACAACGCAGCAGGCAUGGGGGGCCGAGCUCAAAGCGGGGGCAUGGGGGGACGCGCUCCUUUCCGCUGCCCUGCUGCGGCCUCUGCUGCCGCUGCUAGCGACCGGGGCUGGCGCACUGACGAGCCCAAUCUUCUUGAUUUGAGGCACCUCAAAGUUUCCUCUGCAUCUGCUGCACCAGCUGCUGCUGCUGGUGCUGGUUCCUCGUCUGCUGCUGCUGGUGCUUCCGCUGCUGCUUCUGCAGUGUCUACUGCUGCUAGUGAGCGUGCGUGGCGGCCGGAUGACUCGUCUCGCCCCCCUUCCCUGCCUCCCCCGGUUGCCCUUCUCUCCGCCUCCUCCCCUUCCUCUUCCCCUUCCGCCUCGUCCUUCUCUUGCUCUUUCUCGUCCCUGCACUAUCAAAGCCAGCAGCAGCAGGACUUCCCUCUUGCUCCCAGCUUUGCACACAUGGGCGGUGACAGCAGUGGCACGUGGAACUCCCACCACCGCUCCUCCUCCUCUUUCUCCACCUCCUCCUCCCCUUCAGUCUGGACUCUUGCCAGUUUCAUCCGCUCCUCCCAUGACGCCUUCCCCACAUCCACCUCCUCCUUCCCACCAUCCAGCGAACCGUCAUCAUCAGCAACAGCAGAAGCAGCAGGAGCAGCAGCAGCAGCAGCAGCCACGCAGCUCUGUCCAAUCUGUGCUGAAGAGCUUGACAAUACGGACUCUUCCUUCCUGCCCUGCUCCUGCGGCUUCCGCCUCUGCCUCUUCUGCCACCAUCGGAUAGCUUCGGACGACGGCCGCUGCCCUGGCUGCCGCCAAGCCUACAGCCCCGACGUUGCUGCUAAACUCUCCCGCUCGCCCAACCUAAAACUCCGCUCGUAGCCUCGCAGUUCUCUCCAGUUUUGAAAAAUUGAACGAUCUGUUGGAUACUUUUUACCAUGGCAGCAGCAGCAGCAGGAGCAGCAGCAGCAUCAGGUGGGAGAGCAAGAGUGGAUGUGCAUGGGUAGCUUCAAUUUUGUUCGGCUGUUUGUUACCAUAUUCCCAAAUGGUAUGCGUCCGAGAGUCCAGUAUCGUACACACAUUAGCUAUUGCCACGCUUCCUUAUCUUGCAGAGCUGGUUUCCUUAUUUUUAGCCAGUUGCUCUGCACGCUGUUGUUUAUUCCUGUUGGUGUUUCUUCAACGUUGCCUCUUUAUUGUCUGCCCGUUUACACUGUAUGCUUCUCUACAAAACUGUAGUAGUAGUUUUUCUGUAGC